GUGCUAGCUAGCUAUUUGACCAUUCAACCUCCAUCCAAGAGCUGUCCUGCAGAGUCAUUCUCGUCCACAUGGUUUCCUCCUGUGCCUGUCCCUCCCCAUGGCGGGCAUUAGCUUCUGCCCAGGAAGCCCACCGCGGCGGCAACUCUGGCAGCACCAUGACCUAUUUUCAUCGCCACCGGCAUAAUCACGUUUCUGCCAUGCGACCCUCCCACAGCGGGCGAACACCGUCAUCGCACACUUGUGGGUGAAGCCUCGCCUCGAUCAUGUACUCAUACAUACACGAGUAUUUAUAUAUAUAUAUAUUGUAUAUUAGGCAGUGUAUUUAUAUAAAUCAGACGUAUCUUACUCUGGUGCGAGAG